UUUCUGUCAGUCUCUUUCAAGUAACUGCCAGCCUGAUCGUCGUCGUGACCUCCUUAUCACACCGCUGGAUCUCAGCUUCACAGUGCCGGAAUUUCAAAACCCGGCCUCUUAUCCGCAGGCUUGUUCAAGCCCCAUGCUUGGCUGCUGGCGUCGUGCACAGUGGUUCUUCUCAAGUCCCUCCUAUACUUCCCAGCAAAUGAACCGCCCUCGGCUCGGUGCAUGACACAUCUGUUCGUAUUUGGAGGUCAAUUCCGGUCCGUUUGCAAAGGCCAGGGUGACACUUACGUGUUGUCCCAGAUAAUCAGAUCCCCGGGGUCAUUCCAAGGAAUACUCAAGGUGUACUUUUCCUGCGUGGCAUGCGCCAUGAGCUUCUCCAUCAAUUCUUUGGAUUUUUCCGCAGACACAUUCUCCACGUGGUCCAUAUGAGCCGCAAUGUAAAGGUUCAUUCGACCUGAUGGCUCGUGUUUCUGCACAAUCCGAUGCUUAUGCAUGGGAUAGUUGUUGACAUCGACGUCUUUGAAGUACUCGGGCGCUGCCUUUUUGCGUGAGGAAUACAGCGAAUGAGCACCGACAUAGUCGUGCUCCAGCAGUUCAGCUUUGAGCUCGGGAUCUAAUUCUUCAAAUGCUGUGCGUGUGUCGGCAAAACCCGUGUUGCCCCCAGUCCCCGGGGGCGGUAGUUCAUGGGCUUUCAGGAUGGAAUAAGAUGCCCGGCGCGGGUUGAACGACGAGUCGACAUGAAACAAGGCGUUGCCUUUGUUGUACUGUGAACGGGGGCUGUCGGGCUUCAAGACUGAGUUGGUUUCCGGGUCGAUAUUUCCCGCAUCGAAGAGCUCGUAAUAUUCAUACCGAGGCUUUCUGCCAUUCGUCAUAUACGGUCUAAUAUCGUCCAGCUCACCGAACCGACGAGAGAAUUCGACGUGGCCUGUGUCGUCGAGCCCGGUUUUGCGGAAAACGAUCACUCCAUACUGAUAUAUUGUGCAAGCAGUCAGCUAGGCCGUCACGACAACGGAAGCUAACCUCAUUGUGAAAACUAUGGGUUGCAUCGGUAAUACCUUUGCAGAGGCCGCAAGAAUCUCUCGGAACACGUCGUCCGGAAUUGGUCUGCUGAAGUCGACCCCUUCAAUCUCUGCAGCAAAAGUCGGAUGAAGCUUCUUGAUCUUGAGGGUCUUGAAUUCCGUCUCUGGAGUCACAAGGAGGCCUGGCAUGAUUGCUGAGUAUGACUUUCAAUGCUCUGUUGUUCUUUCGCUGAGAAGAGGCGAGUCUACACGGUCCUUGCGAUCGUUAUGAUGCAGCGAUGGUCACGCUUUGUACACUGGAAGUCUUGAGUGAGACAGUUUCAUGGUGGGAUAUAUUAUUCGCGUGUUCUCCCCGCGUCCUAAGAAGCAGGACAUCUGCCGAAGCCCCAUCUUGUGAGGUCUCCCUCUCAAUUGUAUGCUAGUAAGUACUCAAGUGGCCUCCAGCCUUGACCUUUCCCCACAGACUGGAGAAGAUGCAGUGCGGGGAAUGCCCCGGAUCCAAUUUUCUACACUGACCGAUUGCCGACCAAAUCCCCCUGAUGUUGAAAACGAACAAACCCUUUCCUGGUAUGGCAUGUCGUGGAGUUCCUCAACACUCAGACUCGCUUCAGUACCCGACAAAAGACCUUUGAGGCGACAUAUUACAUCCGGCAAUUUCCAAUAAUGUUUCCCACCGCACUCCGCUUGGCGACGUCUGGCCUUUUCAGCUUCCAUCUACGCUGUUUCAUGAGUGGCCAAUGCUUACCACUGCUUGAACACACCUGGGCCGUAACAUAACGAUCUCCCAGAGUAUCGACAUGUGUUCGUCUUACACGAGCAUUCGGCUCGACCUGGAGUAGGCACGUUCAAGGUAAGGACAGAAUGCACUGGAUGACCUUGUUGAUUCAAUAGGCUGUGCUCAUUUAGCCCUGGCACCUACUCACCACCCAAGCACUACUCGAACGUACCAGCAGUCAACUGUUUCAUACCGUCAAAGGUUAGACAGUGUUAGAAGACGAAAAGAUAUUGCAUAAGGUAGGAGCAGAAGCUUAAUAACAAUCAUUUCUGGAGCCUUCCCGGGCAUCUGCCUGUCUGGAGGCCCUUCCAUGAUCUGAACGCUCUGCUGUGGCUUGACCCCAGCCGAGAUACCAGGGAAUGCAAGACACCUGAUGUAAGUCCCUACUUCUUGUGGGUAUUCCUGUUUGGUAGGCUGGCUGCCAAUCUCAGCCCGCAUUCCUCACCCCUUGCCGGCGCACAGACAUUGUACCAACUAUCACCAUGAGAAACCCGUCGUCUCUGUUUGUUUGGUCGUGGAACUCGGGGGCAGUAAACUGUUCAACCAUGUUUAUCUCCUCAGAUCCAGCAACAAAGGCACCCAACGAAACAGAUACGGACAACGAAGAUAGUGUUCAGACAAGAGAUCCCCCGGCAGACGCCUACUCGGGAAGCGGUAGAUUCGAAGACAAUCGCCACAGCAUUCCCGAACAGCCGUAUUGGCACACGAUGCCUUCCGCAUGGUUAGAAGAGGAUUAUGAUCCAAUUUCGCCAGGACAUAUGCGCCGUGCAAGUGUCCAAAUAAAGCAGGAAGAGGUUGAAGAGGACGAGGCCCGAGACACACAACGUGUCUUAGGGCACAGGGAGGAAGAUCUGCGAGCAGGUCAAUACCUCGACAGACAGCCCGGACCGGUUGGGAUUUUCGGGACAAACUACACGCACGCGCGAAAUUCACCAGGUCAAACCUCGAUACGGCAUUCUGACUACGUACCGAAUGAUCCCCCUCCGAUGGCCCCUCCAUCUGCGACUUGCCGGAUUGGAAACAGUGAUGUUGACGAUCUCUUCGAAGAUGGCGAGCCAGGUCGUCUAGCCUCUGAAGAAGAGGCCACAGCAAGGGAAGAGCCAGAAUCUCUAUAUACUCAGAGCGCUUUCAUUCCAGUCACUCCCCACCUGCCUCACGAGAGGCCUCAGUCUGGCGAUCAGUUCCAGAGCCUAUUUAGACAGUCGUCCCUAGCGAGCGGAACGAACGUUGGAGCUUCUCCAGAGAUACAACAACGAACUACUGUCGAGCAAUCCCCUGACUACUCGGAGUUUGGAACUGAACUUGGGUACAAGGCAGAAGACGGCGGACUUGACAGUAUCUCGCCGUCCGAACCACAGAUGUCUUGGUUCAGGGAUGGCGGUUUCCGCAGUACCUUGAGACAAGUUCAACCGGAGCUUUCCCGGGAGCAGCACAGCUAUGCGCAGGACAAGGUUCGAGUACUGUCAAGUGCAGCGGAUCCGCCUGUCUCAUCCACGACUGAGGUACAAACGGAUUCUCAGAAGUGUUCCUGUGGCUGUGGCUUUAUCAAAGGACAUUGUUUCUGUAACCCGUUGUACUGCAAAUGUGAUGGAUCCGCCCGCACCAUGGGGCCGCCGGCACACGCCGCUCGGGCCUGGCACAACAGGCUUUCUGAGAAUAAUCAGAGGGACACUUGCGGAUGUGGCAGCGGUGACCAGAAGUGCUGCUGUUUCCCCGGUCUUUGUAGCUGUGCGGGUUGUGAAGAACAUGACAACACGGAGAAGCCCGGCCAAGAACGCCCAAAGGGAACCGAUCCAAAGAAGUUGUUUGACUUUUCAGGAGAGUACUAUGCUUCCAAGGACCCUGGCUCUGACAGUGAGGUGCUGUCGGUGGAAAAUGGGACGCUUGAUGUGCAGGAAACCCAUGUCUGGCACACAACCGGUGACAGGUCUCAGAGGUCCGAAGCGGAGAUGCCGGAAAGGAAUACUUCGACUCAGGAAGAGACAUGUGAAACUUCAAACAUGCUUCAACCAGCAGAGAAAGAGCAUGAACGCUCUAACACAGAGAGUGUGGCAAGGCUGACGGCCCCUAAAGCCCAUCCGUCUGGUGUGGAAGCAUUGAGACAAGGGAACAUCUCUACUCCAGACUGCCCUUGCUCGAACGGUGCGCCUUGUACAUGCCGUCCCGACUCUUACGGACGCGGCACCGAAGUGUCUGGUGGUCCAGCAGCGGCCAGCGACAGAGCCAACACCACUGCCAGGUCUCCGGACGCUGAUGCGGCGUACCUCGAGCGAGCGACUCUGUUGGAGAAGGCGAUUCUGAAAGGCUACGAGGAAUCCCCAAAAAACAAGUUGAUACGCCUUCUGGAGAAGCUGGAUGGAGCCUCAUCACUUGAUGGAUCCACCAAGGCUCUGCCGACCUAUGCCAGAAGGCUCGACAACAGCGGUGAACAAUCAACAGCCGCUCGUCUGAGCUUGUUACCUCCUACCCAAUUUCACCAAGCAAGUGAUUAUUAUGCCCAUCUAGAAUCGGUCGCGGCCCAGGGUAAUCUUUCUCUGCACCUCAGAAGGCGAGAGAUUGAUAACGACCUUUCUUCUGCCGUUCAGCCACGGUCUAGGACAACAGUAAUCUCCAUUUACCCGACGUCACAAAAUCUCGUUACUCGAUCAGAUACGCCCCGCCCGGCUCCAGAGUCAGGCACAUCAACACCAUACCCAUCCCAAUCAGUGCAGGAUUAUGUCCGACAAAGUGUUGAGCCAGAAUGCCUGCCUGCGACGUGGGAGAAUAGAUCGAUGACUGGCUAUGAUGACCGCUCAGACACGCCAUCGCCACGGUCGAUGCUCUCUAGACAAGGCUUGGGCUUGGACUUGGAAAUGCGGGAUGUAUCAGACAGCCUCGAGCAUGUACAAUCUCGACAAGAGCGAGAUGUUUCGCUCCCUCCAUCAAUGUUACAGCACGCCCCUGAUACAGCGUCAAGACGGUCGCAAUCACCGGGAAAGCCGAGCAUUCCGCCGAUUCCGAGCGGCAGCGGUAGUCCUCUGAAACAGCCCAAGCGGGAUGACAGACGGAAAUCUGGCGUUCAUGGUGCCAAAAUCAACAAGCGAUCUGUCACGACAACAGCAACUAGUGCGAAGGCCAGCCCUUCGAAACCGAAGAGUAGGAAUGUGACGAGAAAGGUCACGACAGCUCGCCAACCAACCACGUCUUUGGUCAAAUUGGUGGACCGGGCGAAACAGGACAAAGCUACUGCGGUAGUACGGGACGAGGAGCCAGGCGAUAGUGGCCUUGGGAAAGCGGAUGCUGGGGUGAGCAAGGUCACUGCUGCGAUUGAGAAGAUUGAGCAGCAGGUGAGGAAUCAGCAGGAAGUUGUCAAGGUGCAGAAGGACGGCACGCCAGUUCGUCGAAGCCGGCGGGCAAACAAGGGCCUUAGGACCUCGCUGGGUUGAGCAUACAUGGGCAGGGGCAUUGCGUUUGUACGAGUACUUGUAGGUGUAAUAUUGACGCGCAGAUGCCGCGUCUGUGACAAGGUUUACCCUUCCAUAGAUAGAUAGAGUAGGCAAAAUGUUCACGUCGUGUGGGUGGCAGUCAGUCUGUAUGGCAGUAGUAGAAAUCGCAAGGCUGGCUGCUUACCUAAUUCAGCCUUGUCAAUCGACCCCCA